UCUCGCCGCACGGCAGAUGCCAUAAUUAUAAAACAAAAGUUGCCAUUUAACUCGUAUUCUCUGAUUGAGAUAUAUAUAUAUUUCACAAACCUUUUCAACAUGUCUGAACAGUCCUUGCUUGAUGAUGUCAAAAACUACUAUGGAAAAGUGCUGAAAACAUCUGAUGAUUUGAAGACAAAUGUUUGCAAAACUGCUUCCCAGAAAAUGCCAAAUCAUGUUCUGAAAGCCAUGAAGCUUGUUCAUGACGAUGUUGUUGUUAAGUAUUAUGGUUGUGGACUCAUCAUCCCAGAAAAUGUCCAGGGGUGUAAAGUUUUGGACCUCGGGAGUGGAAGCGGAAGAGACUGUUACAUCCUCAGUAAACUUGUGGGAGAGAAUGGCCAAGUGACAGGAAUCGAUAUGACAGAAGAACAGAUUGAUGUGGCACGGAAGUACAUUGAUUACCACACCAAAACAUUUGGAUUCAGCAAACCAAAUGUUGAGUUCAAGAAGGGUUACAUUGAGAGGCUUUGGGAAGCAGGCAUUGCAAAGAAUGAGUAUGAUGUCAUAGUAUCCAACUGUGUAGUUAAUCUAUCCCCAGAUAAAAGGGCAGUUCUGAGGGAGGCGUACGAUUCACUUAAGGUUGGAGGAGAAAUGUACUUCAGUGACGUCUACUGUGACAAAGUCUUGCCAGAGCAUAUCCGAAAAGAGAAGGUUCUGUGGGGAGAGGGCCUCUCAGGGGCUCUAGCUUGGACAGAGUUGGUGCAGCUGGCUGAGGAAGUUGGUUUCUCUAAACCAAGACUUGUGAAGGCAAGCCCCAUCACUGUUGACAACGAAGAAAUGGCGAAGCUUGUCACUGGCUACAAGUAUGUAUCGGUCACAUAUCGUCUGGUGAAAUUACCGCUCGACCUUCAACCAAAAUGUCAAGUGAUUUAUGAAGGCACUAUUGAGGGAGCAGAGGAAGAAUUCUUCUUAGACUAUGCCACAUCAUUCAAAGCAGGUGAUAUAGUAUCAGUGGAUUCGGAGGUUGCCACCUUCUUACACUGCUCGCGAUACAAUAGUGACUUCACCUUACAGCCAUGUGACAAGGGACAGAAUGGAUCUGCUUGUUGUCCAACAACCAAGAAGCACAAUCCAGACCCCUUUGCUCUAUUGGAGGGAAAAGGAUUGCUCUCCUCCCGCUAGUAGCAAGGCCUAAGGGUGUUGUCCUGCCAGCACCGAGGCGUCUGGGUGCUGGCCUUCCAACAACCUCCUCGGGAGAUCAGGGAUCGGGAUGCUGUUGAGGGAUUAGACAUCAAGCUUAGAUUCUUGCUGCUGUGGAUAACUCUAGUAGGAAGGACUCUUACAACCAACAUUGUAGAGCUGGCUAUGAUUAACCUGAAAAACGAUUUGAUAGUUCAAACUGACUAUGUACAUGUGGGAUCAAUCUACGAAUAUAGGCCAUCCAUUGGAACUUGAUAGCUCUUACAACCUCCACUAGGGCGGACAGCGGAUGAUUAUUAUAUAUCAGUAAAUGAACAGAUGUUGUAAAUUCGAAUUGAAGGUAUUCCUCUCAUUGGGAUGAAUCUUUGCCACUUUUCUCCUUGACAAAGGAAUAAGAUUGCCCAAGGGUUUUCCAAAGCAGUCUGCAAUGGAUUGAACUUUUCAGAGGUCCGAGAGUGCCUCUUGAUAGACCUUCAGAUGAAACAUAAAGCUGGAAAUAUCAACAUAACAAGACAUGUAAUAUCUCUUUUGUUUUAUUUUCUCU